CUUUUAACCCUUGUUGUACAGAAAUAGAUAUAUAUUCUUAUUUAUUCACCCAAGUAUUAUCAGAUAAUAAUAAUAAUAUUAAUAAUAAAAAAGGGAAAAUGGAGCCUUCAACUUUUGAUAAAAUGAAAAUGGGCGCAAUGAUGGGUGGCACUGUUGGUUUAUGUAUUGGCUUUGUUUUUGGGUCUAUAAGUCUUAUGAGGUAUGGAUCAGGCUCCAAAGGUCCUAUUACAAUGCUUAGUAAGUACAUGAUUGGGUCAGCAGCUUCAUUUGGUUUUUUCAUGUCGAUAGGAUCUGUUGUACGAUCUGAAAGCAGGUUUCAAACACCUAAUAUGAAUUUGCCUGUUAUCAUUAAUAACCAUCGAUUUGGUGAGAAUAAAUCUGCAUUCCAUCAAGAAAAUAAAGAAAAGUAAUAUUUUUAUUUUA